AUGUGUGCGCAAAUUCUUCCAAAACUUAAAAAUUACUGCACUACACGUGGAAUUGACAUCCCAUACGAGCUUGAAUACUUGGACAGAAAGAGAACCGGAUUUCUCAAUGAAUUAACAUUUCGGAAAUUCUUUUCCAAUAUAGGAUAUCCGAUCAAUGAUCAGCAAUUCAAAGAUAUUGUUGCUGCUAAUACAACAGAAAAGGGAAUUGAGAUUGCUAAAUUCAUUUCUUCAAUCGAAAAUUCUCAAGAUCAGGAAUCUCAACAAGCUUUGGAUAUUGCACCUAUCUACCCAGAACUUAAGAGACUGAAGGGCUAUUUGCAGACCAAUAAUACUACUCUUCGUGAAAUUUUCAGACGUGCUGAUCCAAGUUGCCGUGGAUACGUCUCUGAAAACGCUUUCUUCCACGAAUUGGGAUAUUCAACUGAUGCUAAGAAGAUUGCAGCUGCUUUCACAUUCGAUAAGUAUGAAGGCGUUCGUUAUUCUCUUAUCGAAAGAGAGCUAAACAAUCUCCAAUUAACAACAACGAAAGUCAAACCAGAUUUAUCAAAGCUUGCUGAAUCAUUUGAAUUCAACGGAAUUGAUAUGAACAACGUCUUUAAUCAGUACGAUAGAUAUAAAACGGGACGUAUUCCAGUUGAAGCCUUCAAUGCCGUCAUCCGUAAUUUCUCACGUGAUUCACAGCCUAUUAUCGAGUACUACGCUUCUCCAGAUGGUUCUGUUGAUAUUAGACAAUUUUCUCAAGACAUCAACAUGACUACACAGACAAUUCGGAGUACACCAAAGGUUGUUACAAGGCAAGUCAGACAAGUUGACAUCGACGAGCUCGUUUCUUACCUCAAAGGAGAGCUUAGAUCUCGUCAUGUCAGAAUGUCCGACUUCUUCGGUGAUUUACAACACGAAGAGUUGGUCAAACCACAACAUUUCCAAGGAAUACUUAAUACAGCAGGCUUAACAAUCUCUCAGGACGAAGUUGUUGCAUUAUCUCAGAAAUUCAUGAACGAACGCGGCUUAGUACAGCUCCAACCAUUCCUUGCUUUAUUCAACGACGCUCCUACACAAAGAAUUCCCGAAAUCAACGUUAAAGGACUCAGAGAAUAUCUUAAUUUCUCAAGUCGUCGACUUUUACCAUUACUUCAACGCCAGGAUCCACAAAGAACCGGUGAAGUUGACAUUGGCGUCCUUUCUACUAUUCUUACUAGAAGCGGCUACGCGAUGAAUCGCAUGGAGCUUGAAGGAAUCAAAAGAGCCUUCGCCGGCAGACUUUCUCCAACAUCCAUCAAAUACGAAGAACUUUGCAUGGCCGUAGAUCCAGAAAUUCCGAAGCAACAACCGAAAGAAGAACCGAAAGUCGAAAAGAAGCAAAGAGAAUUAACUCCAGAGCUCAUGAACCUCCUCAAGAAGGCUAACAACGCUUAUAAGAGGAACGGAGUUUGCGCUUUGGACGAAUUUCGAAUUGUCGAUAUGAGACAAACAGGAAUCCUCACAGCUCGUGAGAUUUCGGAUGCUGUACAAUGCGCGGAGUUCACUCCACAGGAGUUUAAUAAAUUCCUUUCGUAUUAUCCCGAUCAUAAAUACAUGGACAUGGUUAGAGACCUCCAAAGAGACGAAGUAAAGGCCGAUGAAAACGAUCAGCCUCAGAAACAGCAGUACGACGAUAAUUUUGUACAAAAACUCGCAGUUCUCAAAGGAGAUUUAGAAGUCAGAUCAUUAACAGUUGCUGAUGUAUUGGGAGCAAGAUAUGUUCCUGUACAACGUGCAAUUGGCUUAUUGGCUAAAUAUACAGACGACGCUCCAAUGAUUUGCCAGGCAUUUAUAGAUAGAAAGCGCCCAGAGCUUGUAGAUACGGCCGUGUUUUCAAGAGAGAUCGAGAAAAUACCAGCUAAGAAGAAAGCCGUUACAAGAGAUGAUGCUGGAGCUAUUUACAGAGAUCUUGGUGAAUUAAGAGCUAAAUUUGAAGCAAGACAUUGCAAUCCAAGAAGAGCAUUCGCUGGAAAACCACCAAAGAUAUCAUAUGACGAGCUUAUGGACGCUCUCAGGUCCUUAAAUAUCAUUUUGGAUGGAAGAGCAAGAUUCAGAAUCCGUGAACAUUUCGAAAUCAAUGGUGAGGUUGACUGGAAUAACUUCAUCGAAGAAAUCGAAAAAUCCACUACAUUAGCUUUCUGA